AUGCAAGUCGAUAUCGGCAACAACACAGUCCGGCAGAACUUCAGCAGCAUCGUCUCCAGUGCGGAGAUUCGUCAACUCAACGUUCGUCUUCAGCAGGCCUACGCCGGUGCAGCGUCCGCUCAAGCUACCGCGGCAGGUCACCAGGAAGGCGGCGGUCCUGGCGCCGUGCUGUCCCAGCGACGCGUGUAUCACAACGCUGUCGAAGGAGCAGCCGGUGUACCGAGUAGCCACCAGAACGCUUCUCGCUUGCAUCGGCGCUCGUCUUUCAACCUGAGUCGCUCGUCCGCAGGAUCUCGCCACUCGUAUCGCCACCACCAGGGUAGGCAGCACGGCAGCACUCCGCGCAGCGGCUCCGGACACUCCCAGUCGCCUGAGCAGCCGGCUCUUCGGCCACAGCAGGCGACCCUCGGGGUAUCCCAUAUCGCUCCAGCUGCGCGGACAACCACCCCGGCGAACAGCAGCACAGCGGUUAACAACGCGUCUGUGUCAAGUCGAGCUAGCAUUUUCGGCGUACCUCGAAGCCUCAACAGUCGCAUUAUACAGCCGCCGCAUCUACAGCUGCUCCCACCGCCGCUGCAGGCACCCGCGGUCUUCGUUGGUGCAGGGCCGUCACCGGUGCCUAUGGCUACCGUCAUUUCGACCCCGCAUUGCCAACAGGGCCAUCCCGACGCGGCGCAGGACAAGGGCGGGGCAGCCUCUCCGGCCGGAGCCGUAGACGGUGCACCCGUGUACGCCGGGGACAACCGUAGCAAAGGGAUGGUCGGCAACGAGGGCGACGGGAACUGCGGUCGCGCUGAGGGCAGCGGCCCGCACGGCGGCGGCGACGCCGGCAGCCGCAACUGCAACGAUAAACCCGCCGCAGCGGCCAGCCCGAAACUAGCACACACGAAGAUUCAGGUAGGCAUGCGCCUGCGUCGAUGGAUCAUCAUCAAUCGCAUCGGCGCCGGAUCCUUCGGUGAAACGUUCGCGGCCAUGGAGGUGGACGGUCCGGCCGAGGAGGCGGAUAGUCUCACCGUAGCCGCGGAGAAUCUGAAGCUACUGGAAAAUUUGCCCCCGGCAGAGGAGCGCAACGAGGUGUGCAUCAAAGUGGAACAAGAAAACAAAAAUGUACUGCGGCUGGAGGCGCUUGCUUUGAAAAAGGUGCAGCCCUGCCCCCAAGUGGUGCGCUACCUUGGUAGCGGCUGUACGAAUGGAAUGAACUACUUGGUGAUGGAGAAGCUAGGCUCGAACCUGGCCGAGCUGCGCCGUCGCAGCCAGCAUGGCACCUUCAACAUCUACACGACACUCAAAGCCGGCGUCUCGUGCCUGACAGCGAUCCGCGGAGUUCACGACCUUGGGCUGGUGCACCGCGACAUCAAGCCGUCGAACUUUGUUACCGGGCUGCCCGGCACUCCGGACCACACCACAUGCUACUUGAUCGACUUCGGCCUCGCCCGCCGCUUCCGCCGCUCAAACGGCGAAAUUCGCCCGCCGCGCGAAAACGCCGGGUUUCGUGGAACGAGCCGGUACGCCUCUGUCGCCUCGCACCACCACCGGGAGCUGGGCCGCGUAGAUGACCUGUGGAGCUUGCUCUUCAUGCUCGUAGAGUUUGCCACCGGCACGCUACCGUGGCGCAAGUACAAGGAAAAGGAUGACAUUGGGCGCUGCAAGGAGGAAUCCAUCAGCCCGCAUCUCGUGCGCAACCUGCCACGCGAGUUUCAGCCCUUCUUAGCUCAUUUGCAGACCCUCCGCUACGAGGACGAGCCGGACUACGACCUGCUCCUCACUCUCAUGCAUCGCGCGCUGGAGCGUCGCGGCUACCCGCCCAAUAAGCCGGUAGAGUGGGAGAUCGACUCGUCAAUGGCGGACUCUUGCAUAGAUGCCGACGGUGCCCCUGUCGUGGACGCGGGUGCUAGAGCGGUGCAGGGCUCUGCGGCGCACCUUCGCGAUGUCGGCCCCGCACCUGACGCCGCGGGAAAUGGGCAUUCGAUGGACGACAACGCUAGUAGCAGGCCGCUGCAACCUCCACCCCGUAGGGCAGCUCCGCUGCCUGGCGCUGUAGAAAUGGGUUCACGAGAACUCCAACACACGCCCCUGCACCCUGAUGCGGCCCAACCGAACAGCGUUGCCAGCCGCGUAGGCAGCGGCAAUGGCGCUGCAGGAAAUGGCGCCACCAUGAGUGGUUACCCGGCCGACGCUCUGCAUCCGCAUAACAGCGGCACACUACGUAUGAGCGAGGUUGACAUUGGUGGCUCUGGCGCGGGUGAGGAUUGUAUGCACGGCAACCCGCCGGUCGGUGUAGAUGCUUCCGUGCAGUACUGUGGCCCGCCCCCGCAAGGCGGGUCUGCCGACAUUCCUAUCACUACAGCGUGUCUUGCCGCCGAAGGCAGCGAGUCACCCCGCGCACAAGCCAGUUCGGGCGAGUACGACCACAACGAAUACUCCCUGCGUGAAAACGGUAGCGGUGCCUACAGUCCCCUCAUGGCGCCUGUUUCUCAUUUUAAUGCCGCAGUAGCUUCUGGCGCUGAUCCGCCUGGCAGCUGCCCAGCAGCAGGGCCGCUAGCGAACUCAGCGCUGGAACCAAACAACGCUACUCAGUGGAGAGAGACGGCCGCGGAACGCAACGGGUUAAAGCGUCGAGCGGGUCAUCAGCAGCACGAAAACGAGUGCGACGGUCCAGACAUCGCGAAGAGGGAGGCGGGCCGAUCUCACCAGCAGAUGGGCGGCCCCACCGCCGAUCUUGACGCCUCCGUGGCAGCAGACGAGCACGGGGAGGUGCACUACGGUAAGGAUGGUAAGACGUCGUCUAAGAAGAAGUUACAGUGCGAAUGCGUUGCCAUGUAG